AUGGCUGCUUUUGCUAUUACUCCAUUCAGAGCUUUAUUAGUUGGUGGUGCUUGUUACGGUGCUUGGUCAGUUUACAUGGCAAAAUACUACUUUCAAAAUUCAUCAUUGAGGAAGAUUUACGUUACCUCAGACCCCGAAUUUGCUAAAGUACAUCCAAUGAGACACCCACAAUAUGAUGGCAACGUCAAAGUCGAAGCUAAAGAAUAA